AUGUAUUUCAGGCUGAUGUUGAUUUCUACGCGUGCUGGCUCUCUCGGCACCAAUAUGGUAGCUGCUAACCGUGUCAUAAUAUUUGAUGCGUGCUGGAAUCCUUCCCAUGACACUCAAUCGCUUUUCCGUGUUUAUCGAUUUGGUCAAACGAAGCCGGUGUAUAUUUAUCGCUUUAUUGCUCAAGGUACAAUGGAGGAGCGAAUUUAUAAGCGUCAGGUAACAAAGGAGUCCACUUCGAUGAGGGUUGUCGAUGAAGCUCAAAUUCAACGACAUUAUGAUGGCCACGAUCUUGAGGAGCUUUAUUUAUGUUCGACCAAGUUUUGCUCCACCAAAGGCAUGAAGCGUUUCGAUCGUAGUCGUUUGAUUGGAGUACUUUUGUCUGACUAUAAUGAUGAUUUACUGAUUAAGGAUCGCCUUUUGGCUGAGAUUUUACUGUCGAAGAAGGAUGCGGUUGUUGACUACUUCCAGCACGAUACACUGUUUGCACAUAUUGAAGAGGAAAAGCUUUCGGAGGAGGAACUAAAAGAAGCAUGGGAUGACUAUGAGCGCGAUAAGAACAUAAACACGUUUGGUCGAGGAGGAAUGAUGAUGGGUGGUCCGGGAGGAGGAUUUGGAGCUGAUCAAAUGGGUUUGUUGCAGCAAGCACAGCAGCAGAUAAUGAGAACUCAUGCCAUUCAAGCAUUGAAUCGUGACGUGGUAUAUAUGAACUGCUUCACUAUUCCUUUAAUGGACAAUGAUACGGCUAUGAAGGUUACAUAUUUGAAAAAAGCACUUGAAGAUCUGCUACCACAGAUUCCGCACGAAAUGCGAGGCGGCAUUUCUGAGUUCAACUCGUACUUUAUCAACUUUAUAACUGUGAGUUGA